AUGGCGGACUCAAUAGAACAAUUGCGGGAAAAGUAUGAAGCAGCACUCGUGCAAUUAAAAAAGGAAAAAGCGGCGGUGGAGGAGAAGAAUAAGCAGCUAAUUCAGCAACGGCUACAAUUUUUGCAACAGCAGUCAAAGGAAAGUGCAGCGAACCGUAGUACUGAGGCUCAGACAGGCGAUUCCGGGGUUCAAAGCGACAGGAGUCAACUGCUCAUUACUGGACGAGUCGGUAAUUUGCAAGAGUAUAGCUUGAAAGACGACUGGAACCACUGGAUCGAGAGGUUUGAACAGUACUACAUAGCUAAUGAUAUUGCUUCGGAAAAAGGAGUAGCGCUUUUCCUCACAUUAAUUGGCAGCGAGGGCUAUGCCUUGCUGCGCAGCUUGUGCACACCGUGCUUGCCCGCAAAUAAGUCGCUGAAGGAGUUAAAUGAAAUUAUGAAAAAUCAUUUACAACCAAAACCGAGUGUGAUUGCUGAACGUUACAAAUUUAAAGAAUGUUCGCAAAAAGACACUGAUAGUAUUAUGGAGUUUUUGGCAAAUUUAAAAAGGUUAUCAACAUACUGUGAAUUCGGCAGCAGCUUGGAAUCGCAUUUGCGAGAUCAGUUCGUUUGGGGAGUAAAAAACGAACGUAUCAAAAAGAGACUGCUUAGCGAGCACGAUUUGACGUAUGCCCGUGCAGUGGAACUGGCUCAAACGAUGGAGAUGGCCACGAAGGAUGUGGCUGAAAUGGGAGCGUCGUCGAAAGGCCAAGUCGAUUCAAUCAACUUUGUGGGAAAAGGAUCGAAAAAGUCAUCUACCAGGGAAUCCAGCGUCAAAUGUUGGUGCUGCGGCAGAUCAAAUCAUCCAACAACGGCGUGUCGGUAUCGUAGUUUAAAAUGUCGUAAUUGUCAGAAGCCGGGUCAUUUGGUACGAAUGUGUAAAGUUAAAAAAGAAAAUAAUGAAAAAGGAAAGUCCGACAAGAUUAAUAAGAACGGAGAAAAUAGACAAAAUUUUAUAUGGAACACAAGUGAGAAGGAAGAGAAUUUUGAUACACUUUUUCAUUUAAAUGAGGGUAACGUUAAACCGGCGAUGAAAAAUGAAACAAUUCAAUUUAUUGCCCCCUGGAGAAUCGGAAUUAAGGUGCAAAACAAAGAAAUUGAAUUUCAUGUUGACUCAGGGUCCGAAAUUUCGGUUAUUUCUGAAGAAGAAUUUGUCAACAGACGAGAGUGGAGCACAGUGCCGCUCGAUAAGACACAACGAAGGUUUAAGACACACCCGGGGCAUAAAAUUGAGCCAUUGGGAGUAUUAAACGUAGAAGUAGAGUAUCAAAAUAAGAAAUUGAAACUUCCACUGUUUGUUUUGCCCGGUGAUGGUCCUCCUCUAGUGGGCCGAGCGUGGAUUUGUGCCUUAGGAAUACCAGUAGAGAGAUUUACUAACAGUAAUGAGAAUUCUCGUAUUGGAAUGAUAUUAAGCCAAAGUAAAAAAAAAUAUUGAUGAUAUUAUUCGUAAUUUCGACUCGGUUUUCUCUUCAAAAUUGGGAAGAUAUACAGGGGGAAGUUUCAAAUUACAUUUGAAAGAAGAAGUACAGCCAGUAUUUUGUAAGGCGAGACCGUUGCCGUAUUCGAUGAAGGAAAAGGUCGAAAAAGAAUUGGAACGUUUAAUCAAAGAAGAUAUCAUAUAUGAAGUCGAGAAUAGUGACUGGGCAACCCCGAUUGUUCCUGUACCCAAAACGAAUGGGGAAAUCAGAAUUUGCGGGGAUUUCAAAGUGACGAUCAAUCAGAAAAUUAAAAUCGAUCGUUAUCCAGUUCCGAGAAUUCAGGAUUUAUUGUCGAGUCUAAAUGGGGGAAAAUAUUUUUCGAAAAUAGACUUAUCGCAAGCUUACCAGCAAGUGGAGCUGGACGAUCAAUCGAAACCGCUGGUCACUAUUUCGACUCACAAAGGAUUGUUUAGAUACAAACGACUUUUUUUUGGUGUGGCAUCUGCUCCAGGGUUAUUCCAACGCGAAAUGGAAAAGAUAUUACAAGGUCUUGAAGGCGUUGUGUGUUACUUUGACGAUAUUGAUGAUAAGUGGUAACACAAUGGCAAUUCACAACAAAAGAUUAAGCGACGUUCUCUGCCGAUUAAGGGAUUGUGGAUUGACCGCAAACAAAAGUAAAUGUAUUUUCGGCAGCGAGAAAAUUCAGUUUUUAGGCUAUAUCCUUGAUGGUACAGGUAUACAUGCCGCGACGGAUAAAAUAAAAGCGAUAGUUGAUGCUCCUGCUCCAACGAACAUAACCCAACUAAGAGCGUUCUUGGGUAUGAUUAAUUAUUAUUCUAAAUUUAUUAAGAAUUAUGCUCAACUGUUAAAUCCGUUGCAUUAUCUGUUGCAGAAAAAUGUUGCUUGGCAAUGGAAGUGUUAACAGGACAAAGCAUUUAAGGAAGCAAAACGUUGUUUGACGUCAUCGGAAGUAUUGGUACAUUAUGACGCUAAAUUGCCAAUAAAGAUUUCAAGUGAUGCAUCACCAUUUGGUGUUGGUGCAGUUUUGUCACAUGUAUACGCAGACAAAAGUGAGAAGCCAAUCGCUUUCGCGUCAAGAGCGUUAACGAAAGCAGAGAAAAAUUAUUCUCAACUAGACAAGGAAGCUUUGAGUCUUGUAUUCGGAGUAAAAAAAUUCCACCAGUACGUAUAUGGUAGAGAAUUUAUUUUAGAAACCGAUCACAAGCCUCUUAUUUACAUUUUUGGCUCUAAAAAAGGAUACCCUCAAAUGGCCGCUACUAGAGUACAGCGGUGGGCGGUAUUUUUGUCUGCGUAUCACUUCGAAAUCAAGCACGUGAAAGGAAUCGAUAAUAGUCGAGCUGAUAGCCUGUCGCGCAUUCCUUUGCCAAUCGACGAAUCGAAAUUUAAGGAAAAUGAAGAUUAUACGUAUUUGAAUUACGUUAUUGAUGAAGUUAAGACGUUAGAUACAGAGCGUGUAGCAAGAGAGACAAUGCAAGAUCCAAUUUUAAAACGCAUCUGUGAGUUUGUUUUGAAAGGUUGGCCAGAUAAAAUGGGUGAGGAGUUCAGUGCCUUUUAUAGUCGAAAAUUGGAAUUUACUAUUGAAGAAGGGUGUCUGUUAUGGGGACACCGAGUAGUAAUUCCUCCAUCCAUGCGAGAGGAACUGCUACAAGAGCUACAUGUUAGUCAUAUGGGGGUGGUAAAAAUGAAGGCACUGGCUCGCUCUUAUAUUUGGUGGCCAAAUAUCGACAGAGAGAUUGAAAAUGUCACGAAAUCGUGUAUCUCGUGUUUAAAAUGGUCCGACAAUCCACCAAGGUCAGUUUUACAUUCAUGGAAAUGGCCUGAAGGCCCGAAUCAUAGGAUUCACGCAGAUUUUUUGUGUCCCAUUGCCGUACAAGACUAGAUCUGGUUAGACCAGAUCUUAGGAAAUAUAUAGAAAAUAAGCAAUUAAGCCAAAAACGUGUGUUUCCAGGGAAUAGGCGAUUUGUGUGUAAUAAAGGAGACGUAACAAUGAUAUAGAAUUACGCGAAGAAUUUGUGGGAAAAGGCGGAAGUAACAGAAAAAUUGUCCCCAGUCACUUUUGCAGUAAAAACAGACGAUAAUAAGAUUCACAAGCGUCAUUCCGAUCAGAUUAAACAUUGUAUAGUGGACAAGGAGGAGACAGUAACGGAAAUAACACCAGAAGGAAAAAAAGAAGUUGCUGGUUUUCCAGCCGAUUCAGAACAUAUCACGGAAACAGUUAAUCAAAAAAAAGAUACCGAAGAGCAGAUAAUACCUGCGACCAUAAAUGCACAAUCAGUGCGUAGGUCAUCGAGAAUUAGGAAACCGAGACAAAUUUUGGAUUUGUAAGAGAAAUAGUAUAGUGAAGCAUCGAAUUUUUCCAUGUACUUCAACACGAAUAUUAAGUGAAUAUGAUUGUAGCGAAUACGAAAAUGUAAUCGUGAGCGAUACGAAAUAAUCGUAAGGAAAUACAAAUUGUAAUCGUGAAUGAAGACUGGUAUAUAAUUGUGUUGAUUAAUUGUAUUAACAAUAAUCUGGUGUGGAGGGAUGUAGAGUCUUUGCGAAGCACACCGUUUAGUGCUGCCCUCUGGUAAUCAGAGUUUCUCCUUUCUCUCUCUAUCUGGUACUCCGAUUAGGCAGACCUCCUCGGGAGCCCCAUCAAGUAACG